UUUUUUUUGCCGGGUUUGGUUGGUCUUGUCCCGCUGUCUCUCGUUUCAACCUCCGCCUCUGUGCUCUCACUCGCAUGUUUUCCCUCAGAGUUCCUCCCCCUGCGGCGUUGGGCGGAGUUUCAUACCGAACUAGACGCUCCUUUUGUCGGAUCCGUUUCGAUCUGGCUCCCCGGGGUUUACGACUGACAAAUACCCCCCCUAAAACCCCUAAAUAAUAAAAAUAAUUCCAUAGGUUUGCAGAAAUACUUCUGGUUCAUAUUUGAAGCGAAGGUGACAGCGGACGGCGGGUGCUGUAACCGGUCGUCAGCAUGAACGGCAGCGGAGUUUCCACCGCUUCGCACAACUCACGGCUCAAAACCAAGAAGAUGGGUGGAGCAAGGAGGACUGUGUGGCCCUGUUGGAGAGGAUCAGGGUAUCCUCCCUGACCUAGACUCCAUGAAGUACAAGACAACGGAGUCCCACUUUGACUGGGAGAAGGUGUGCUUUGGGAGCUACACCAGCGACAUGUGCAAACAGAAGUGGCACAAGGUCUCCACAGAGGUGCGGAAGUACCGUACCAUGACGGAGCUCCUGGCGGAUGCGAUGGAGUUUGUGAAGAACCCCUACAAGGGCAAGAAGCUAAAGACCCACCCAGAAUUUCCCAAGAAGCCCUUGACACCGUACUUCCGCUUCUUCAUGGAGAAACGAGCCAAGUACGCCAAGAUCCACCCGGAGAUGAGCAACCUGGACCUCACCAAGAUCCUGUCCAAGAAGUACAAGGAGCUGCCCGAAAAGAAGAAGCAAAAGUACAUCACAGAGUUCCAGAGAGAGAAGGAGUCGUUUGAGAAGAACAUGGCGCGCUUCAAGGAGGACCACCCCGAGCUGAUAGAGGUGAAGAAGAAGUCAGACCUCCCGGAGAAACCCAAGACCCCCCAGCAGCUGUGGUACAACCACGAGAAGAAGACCUACAUGAAGCUCCACCCGGAGGUGAGUCAGAAGGAGCUGAAGGAGGCCCUGAGGAGACAGUGGUCUCAACUGCUGGAUAAGAAGAGACUCAAGUGGAUCAGCAAGGCUCUUGAGCUACAGAAGGACUACGGGGACAGCAUGAGAGUGUACCAUGAGGCCCACCCAGAUCUGACCUCGGAGGAACAUGUCAAGUCCGUCCUCACCAAGGCAGAGAGGCAGCUCAAAGACAAGUUUGACGGCCGGCCCACCAAACCUCCACCGAACGGCUACUCCCUGUACUGCGCUGAGCUGAUGAUGAACAUGAAGGAUGUCCCGAGCACGGAGCGCAUGGUGCUGUGCAGCAAGCAGUGGAAGAUGAUGACCCAGAAGGAGAAGGACAUGUUCCAGAAACGCUGCGAACAGAGAAAGAAGCAGUACGACGUGGACCUGCAGCGCUUUCUAGAGAGUCUUCCAGAAGGAGAGAGGGACCGCAUCCUGACAGAGGAGAAACUGGGCGGGUCCAAAUUGGGUAUGGGCGUGGCCGGCAGCCCCCACCGAACCAAAGCCCUCACGGCCAAGGAGCGCAGCCGGGAGCCGGAGCCAGAGAACUGGGUCCAGGGGACCACGGCCAAGGAGCGCCGGGAGGCCCGGAAGAGGACCAAGCUCCCGGAGACGCCACGCACUGCCGAGGACCUGUGGCAGCAGAGCGUCAUCGGAGACUACCUGGCCAAGUACCGGAGCGACCGCAAGAAGGCCCAGAGCGCCAUGGGGGCCUGGAGGUCCAUGGAGAAGAAGGAGAAGAUCCCCUGGAUCAAGAAGGCUGCCGAGGACCAGAAGAGAUACGAGGUUCAGUAUCAAGCUGUGAGGGAGCUGCUGGAGAACAGGACGCCUGCUGGGGGACAAACCAACAGGAAGCCCAAGUUUGAGGGGGAGCCCAAGAAGCCUCCGGUGAGCGGCUACCAGAUGUUCAGCCAGGAGCUGCUGACGAACGGGGAGCUGAACCGGCUCAGCCUGAAGGAGCGCAUGGUGGAGAUCGGGAAGCGCUGGCACAAGCUCAGCCUGGCCCACAAGGACAAGUACAAGAAGAUGGUGGAGGAGCAGCAGGUGGAGUACAAGGCCGAGCUGGACUCCUGGGUCAAGUCUCUCUCUCCCCAGGAGCGGGCGCUCUACAAAGAGUUCUCGUCCACGAAGCGGAGAAGCAGCACCAGGGUCCAGGGGCCCGGGGCCAAGGUGCGGGUCACGGCCAGGGGUCCGGCCCCGGGGGUCGCCGUGGGGAAACGCUCUAUGGCGUACCGGGCCAAGCAGGACACGUCUGAGUCGGACGAGGACGACGACAAGAGCGACUCUUCGGACUCGGACGACGAUGACGAGUCGUCAGGAAGCAGCGAAAGUGACGAAGACGACGAUGAUGAGAACGACGAAGACGACGAGGACCAGUCGGGCGACAGCAGCUCCUCGGAGGAGAGCAGCGACUCGGACACGGACUAGCAGCACAGGACAGGAGAAGUUGUGCAGGCCACGCCUCCUCACAAGCCAUUUUUUGUUUUGGUUUUUCCGGCGGACCAAUGGGCAGCGUCGACACCGGACUGCCGUGAUCCUGGCCCCGCCCGCAGCGGACGGGGGCGAGCGAAGGACCUACGUUACGCUAACGUUCCUGAAGGACGCUCUGCACCUCUCGCAGGGGUUGUUACAUGUGUUCCCCAAGUGUUUGUUGGGCGUUACCGUUUGUUUGGUUUACAUUUUAAGAAAAAAAAUGGCCUUUAACCUUGAUGUGUCACUAUUUUUUAUCAUGACUAUAAACUUUAACAAGCGCGUUUAAGCUUUUUGAUUUUUUUUUUUUUUUUAAGACUGGGAUUUGUACAGUUGAACAGGGAGGGGACUUUUGAGGUCCCGGUUGCUGACUGGUUGUCCAGGGUUGGGAGGAAGUUCUUCAGUUCCCACUCGACUAUUUUGGACAAAACGUUAAGAAUUAAAAUGCACUUUUUUCUCA